AUGGCAGCAGGCUCGAGAAGCAGCAAGAAGAUGAGGAGGAAUGGUGUGCUUCUGAUCAAUUUGUACGUUUUAAGUUUGUUUCUUCUUGCAACCACCACAGCUUCUUCUUCUCGUUGUUCAAUCAAAGGAUUGCCACUUGUGAGGAAUAUGAGUGAGCUUCCACAGGAUAGCUAUGGAAUUGGAGGUUUGUCUCAUACCACUGUUGCUGGUUCUGCCUUGCAUGGAUUGAAAGAGGUGGAGGUAUGGCUUCAAACUUUUUCUCCUGGUGCAGUCACGCCCAUCCACAGGCACUCUUGUGAAGAAGUGUUUGUCGUCCUGAAGGGAAGUGGCACACUAUAUCUUGCAUCAAAUUCACAUGAGAAAUAUCCUGGAAAGCCUCAAGAAUAUUUUAUAUUUGCCAACAGCACAUUCCAUAUCCCUGUCAAUGAUGCUCAUCAGAUCUUGAAUACCGACGAACAUGAGGACAUGCAACUGCUUGCCAUAAUAUCUCGUCCACCAGUCAAAGUGUUCAUAUAUGAGGACUGGUUCAUGCCCCAUACUGCUGCAAAGUUGAAGUUCCCCAUCUUUUGGGAUGAGCAAUGCCUCCAAGCACCGCCAAAAGACGAGCUGUGA